UUGCUUUCGAAAAGUUAUUCAAUGUCAUUACAUACACCGCGUAGGCUAUUUGCGAGGCAUAUAGAGAUGCUCGCGUGUUAGAUUAGAUUUAAUUUUCCCUAUUUUCCAAUUAUACGAUCCCGUUAUGUGUAUGGAUUGUAUUCUGUGUUUGUGUUGUGUUUUGCGUGUGGUGUGCGUGUGGUGUGUGGUGUGUGUGAUGUGUGUGGUGUUCGUUGCGUUCGUUGCGUUUUGUGUGUUUUAUGUGUUUGGCGUGUUUCUGGCGUGUUUUCUUUGUUUUUUGACUCAUUUUCUGUUUUCCCUGUUUCUUCUUCUUUCUCUUUCUCUUCCUUUUUCUUGGGAGUUAUUGGGAUUUGGGAUUUGGGAUUUGGGAUUGGGAAGGACAAUUGGCGUUGAUGAAAAGAUCGGCUGGAUGGCCAUCUUCGGGCGGGACUGGAUUCCCCAAAACUUUAUACCCCUGGGACGACAACUUGGCUACGACUACAACUACAACUAUACUAUAAUUACCACGACUACUACCACGACAACUACAACCACUAUUACUACAACUUGUGGUGCUCGAUGGCCCUGCUGCUAGCAGCAAUCAAUCAAUCAAUCAAUAUAAUCAUCACUUUUCCUGAAUUAUACUCCAUUUCUUUGUUAGACUUGCUUGUUGCACCUUGACACUUAUCUCAUUGUCAAAGCAUAAGCAGAAAUCGCGUUUGUUAUAGCACCUUCUGCUGUGUUGCUCGUGAUUCGAGGGAUUUCAGAUUAUUGUCAAGCAUUGAAGCACGGAAGUACUAGUAACGGGGGCUAAAUUACCCAUUGCGGACUCCGACGAUAAGAGCCGGGCGAUGCAUACGAUCAUCAGUCGGUGUCAUCCAUGAUGCAGG